CGCAGUAGGAGUUUAAGUUCCUGUGCCGAUAUCUCUGAAUUUUAUGGUGUAACCUUCUUUUUCUUAGCUUCCGGUACACCUGAUGUCCCCUCUGGCUCGAGAUAGAUCUGAGCUCCCACUCUGAAUGGUUACUGGAAAAGGAUUGGUUGUCAGCAGGUAAGCGUGAGUCUUUUGGAGCUGUCGUAAUGUCCUUUGAAGAUGUCGGGGAUGGACACGACUUCUACUAAUGCUAGAAGACCACUGGAAAACACCCGGGACCAGAGCAUGUCGUGAAAGAAGGACACGAUCUGUCGGUAGUUUGCUUUUGCGUCAGAAGGUAUACGCGGAUUCGGGUUUGUCUCCUAAGUAGAAGGGCAUGGAGCUUGUGAUUCCCUUGCGAUCAGGGCACUGUCUCGGAGAGAGGCUCGGUGAAAUAGACAUGUCUGUGAAGAUGCGGACUACCUGCACCUAGACAGAAAGACCGAAGUUAGUCUUGGCGGGUCCAACAUCGAAUCGGGAAAUUCCUCAUAAAGCCCUUGUGAUGUCACUGAAAAAAAGUCUUCAGCAAAUUCAUUAAUUAAGUUUAAGAAAUAACCAAUUUCGGUUAAAAACGAUUUUCCAUUAGAUACAUCGGUUUUUGCUUCAAAUUCGUUAUUAUUAAUAAUAAAGAGAAGAUAAAUUUUAUUUAUAAAAAAACUCUCCGUAUAAUUUUUUCUGAAAAUUUUAUUUUUGAUUCUUUCACGGAAAAUUGACCAAACUUUUUGUCAGGAUAUUGUUCUCAUGUUUCUUAAAAGUGAUGGAGUAAGACAGCGACUUCUCAAUAAGUCUUUUGAUUAAAUGAUGUACUCCUCCGAAAAAAUCAUUGGCGCAUGUGUAAACGAGAUGCUCUACCUAACUGAGCUAUAGCCCUUGUGCUUGUGAUACACAAUUUAUAAUGUGACUAAUUUAUUGUCAAGAUGAAUAUUAGAUGAUCUUCUACCUUAUUUCUUUGAUUUGUUUGAUCGGUAUUGCUUCGAAAAGAUAUCCGAUUUAUAAUCCAUUGAUGCGAGGGGUUCGUUUUCUUUCUCUUUUUUCUUUGUGUUGAUAAAUGACCUACUUAACUCAGUGGUUAGAGUAUUGCUUUCAUACGGUGGGAGUCAUUGGUUCAAAUCUAAUAGUAGGUAAAACUUAUUACAUAUCAAAAUCUAUGGUAUCUAAGAAGUUUUUUUACCACCCUAUUUAUUAUUAUUCUUUUUUUAUUAACUUUUUUUUAUUCCAUUCUAUUUAUUUUUUAAUUUCGUAAGUGGAAAAUCAUAUUCCACUUCUAAUUCUAUUGUCUGGAUAACCAAAAGACCUGAAGGACUUUUGAUUAUUCGGGCGCGCCAAAAACUUAGAAUUCUAAUUAGGAAAUCACAUUGAUGUAAUGAAAGUGAGGGACCCACGACAAUUACGGAACGCCCCGAAUAAUCAACCCGUUUGCCGAGCAUAGUCUCGCGAAACCUUCCCUCUUUGCCUUCAAUUACAUCUGAAAACGAUUUGUAAACCUUAUUAUGACCGUCCCUCAUUGGUUGUCCGCGAAUUCCAUUAUCAAGAAGUGUAUCCACAGCUUCUUGUACCAAUUUCUCCUGACACAUUACUAAUUCCCCUGGCGUGGAUCUACUUGUUGUUAAUAGAUCAGUAAGAGUAUUGUUCUCAUUUUACUAUCUAGAGAUUUUUCUCAUUCAAAGAUCUUUUAUCAUUAGAUUUGAGAUAACGAAAAGAUGACUAAGAAUCCCUUCCAUUAUUAUCUAGAUCGAAGUUCCAGCGAUGGCGGGUUUGGAUGCGAUGGUGUCGACUGUGGGUUGGCAGCGAGGGCUUGAGAACCCUCAAGCCCUCGUUGCCCAAACCGCCAUCGACACCAUUGCUGCCAAAACCGCCGUCGCUAGAGCUUUGUCUCCGACGAGAUCUAGAUCGACACUUCUGUGCUUGAUUUGGAUUGGCCAGGAUCGAUUUCUCGCCAACAAUGUUUUAAUUUCCAAAGCUUUCCUUUGUUCUCUAGAAGAAGAGGAAGGAAAAGAGAAGGCCAGAGAGAGGAAGAGGAUCGGGAAAAAGAGAGACAGAUAGAGGAAGGUAAAAAGUAAAGUAAAUUAAAGAAUGAAGGGUUUUUUUAUUAUUUUAUUUGUAGUUUUAUAAUUUAUAAUUUUAUUAAUUUCUGACAUGGAUGAUGAGGUGGAGAUCCGUUAGUAAAUAAUUAACGGUAACAGAAUGAAUGCCCAAACAUUGAUUUGUUACAAUACGGUUGGUUAAUAAAUAGUAUUCCAGUAGGUUUGGAUAAAAUAAAAUAAUUUGGAAAAUGUUUGGGUAAUAAAUAGACAUUGCCCAAAUUUAUAUUAUGAUUUUAAAAGUCAAUGCAUUCUUCUUGUAAUAAUGAACUUAUAACAACUAAUAUUUGGUUUCAUGGUUUGAAGAAUGUUACUUUAACUAUGAUGUGAUUCACAAAAUUGAUUUUAACAUUACUCAAGUCGUUGAAGUAAUAUAGAUGAUAAUGGAUGGUUUUAUUUUUUAUGUUUGAUUGUGAAUUCUAAGUAUGAAUAUUUGAAUGUUGAUGUCUUAUGUAUGAUUCAAGUAUGAACAUUUAAAUUCUGAUAUUAUUUGUUCAAUUCAAGUAUAAACAAUUACAUGUUGACAUUAAUUUUUUGUAUUUAAAUAGAUUUAAUAGUAUUUUUGGCCCAUAAACUAUGAUGCUUUUCCUAUAUAUCAUGGCCCCUGAAGUAUAGAUUUUCUUAUCAUGACCUCUCUGAAGUAUAGAUUUUUUUCCUUAUUGGCUCCUUAGCUCUCAAAAUUCAUUUGUGACUCGCACGAAACUAUACCACAAUAUAAUCUGGACUAGAGUCCAAGUUUUUAAACUGUAGCCGGGUGCAAUAUAGAGUUAGUAUUUAAAUAUCAAACCGGGUCGGUCCGUCUACCCCUACUUUAGUUGUUUUAAUCAUUAUCUAGCAACAAAGUUUUGGUUUAAAAGUUUGCUAAUUGUAACAAAAUAGGACAAAGGUAAAUGGGUUUGAAAAAUCUUUUGUGGAAGGAUCACUCGGGAGUUGCUUCCACCUAACUACUACCAUGUUAUGUGAAUUGGAACAAUUGUUGUGGGCAAGGUAACCGCGAACCGCAGAGGGAUGCAUAUAUGGUCGGAGACCACAAUCUCAAUUGCUGAAUCGAGGUAAACAUCAGAGGCUGUGUCACUCGACCCUCUCGGUUUAGGCAAUCGGUAGUUGACUUACUCCCUCACUCAAAUCAAAGGUCAGACAGCUUAAUCGCGAUUAACCGAUUUUCUUAAUUCAACAUUGAGGGUUGCCCUAAAUUAACCUAGUUAGGUGGCUUAAAAAGCUGAAGGAAAACCAACUCGAUUGAGUCUCCAUUGGAAGGGGAUUUUCCUCUCUAAGCUAGGUUAAGGAGGCUAAUUAGAUUGUUAGCACCAACAUGCACAAACCUUAGGGUGCUAAGCACAAUUAUGCACAAUCCUUAGGUUGCUAAGCACCAAAAUGCACAAACCUAAGGAUGCUAAGUACAAAACAUGCACAACCCUUAGGUUGCUAAGCACAAGCAUGCACAAUCAACAUGAAUAAUACCUCAAUCAUUGAAUUAAACAAUACCCAAUGAAAAUCAUUCAAUUCACAUAAAAGAAACUAUAUGGUAGAGUUAGGGUUUCACAACACCCAAGUGAAAGGAGAUCUAUCUACUCCAUGCUAGAAAUGGAAAAAACAAAAGGAGAAGAGGUGGAAACUAUCUUGGAGGAUGCUUUCAAUCUUCUUGGCUCUUUUUUUGAACUCUCCUUGGAGGAGAUCUUCCCAAAACCCUAGCCUUCUUCUCCCUUGGUUCGUGUUUCUCUCUCUAGAAAUCUGAAAAGGCUUUUCACGGGAUGGUUGUAACCACUAGGUCGUCUAGAGGUCUUAGACACGGGUUCAGAUGACUCUCAAUUGCCUUGGACAUGGGAAAAAGACCUUUUGGGUGGUGGAAAUCAUGACGUGAGGUUCUACAUCUUCAACCUAAACCCGAAGGUUCUAUGGUUUCGACUAAAAUCCCUCUUUUCAA